AUGGGCGGUCGGGAAGGUCGGCGGAAUGGCUUUGUGCCCCGUCUUUCAUCAUUGGAGAUGACCGCCCUCUUCCUCUCCCUCUCCCCCCAAAGCGAUAUCGUUGAACGGCUCUGCGAACGCUCGUCACUGGUCGGUGAAGACUUCAAUUUUGCUCUAACAAAUUGGGAAUCUCAUCGGCUGUGCGUCCAAUUCCUCCUCCUUUAAGCGAGGAGACAUAGAGAGGAGGGGGGCUUCGUCCUGGACUCAUCGCCAUCUCUCAAUAUAGUUUUUCAGAGGUGAUUGUUGACCCUUGAACAUUAAAUCUUUCUCAAGAGAGGUCUCCUCGUGAGUUUGAUUUCUGAUGACAGCUUUCCUCAUCUGCAGGUUGUACGGCAGGAGUGUUGAUGCUGGAGAAUUUGCCGGUGGUAUCGAGGAGGGCUUUGCAUGGAUAGAUUAUUCUGCUGGAAGGCUUCGCAGGUGAGGGGGAGCAGUCAUUUGUUUCUCUGUAUCUUCUUCUUCUUCUUCUUCUUCUUCUUCUUCUUCUUCUUCUUCUUCUUCUUCUUCUUCUUCUUCUUCUUCUUCUUCAUUAAGUGCACUUCUUCUUGAAUCAAUCAAGUACUCUUUUCCGGUAAAAUCAAUCAAAUGAAUCUGAGCAUGUUUCCCAUCUCUUUUUCUUCUUGAGAAACAAGUGGGGUAUUUCUUCGCAAAAUUGUGCUCAGUUUCUAUGUGGCAAUCUCUUCGCUAGUUGGGGAAGAAUCGGCAGGAAUUUGUUUUUUGAGGAACGUAUCCAGUGAGAAUUUGAUUGGGUAAUGAACUUGAUUCAUGUGUUGUUCGUCUCUAUCAUCGUUUCCUUUCAAGGAAACGUGUUCUAUGUUUGAAAACAAACGGAGAGAGGAUGGCAAGAACGAUUCAACCAGAGUUUGCGCGCCAGGCAGUGGGAGAGUCUUUGGGAAAGUACCAACUUAAUUUCAUCGGUUAAAUCCCCCAGAGAACAUUCAAUUGGAAUUCUACUGCCUUAUUUAACCCUGGAGGGAGUUGUGCUUAGUAUUGCCCAAAAACACUAUUUUUAUUUUCCCAGAUCCCCUCUCUACUGAAAAAAGUAGUUUAUGUAUAUAAUUUUUUCAUGCGGCUUACAUGAUUAGUCUUUGGAUUUGUAUUGCAAAAAUUAUAAAAACGAUGUUAUUUGUAACUUAUUCAUUUCCGUUUCUCUUCAUCCUAUCUUCAGAGCUCUACGGUUGAAGCUUUAUUUAGAUCGUCCCAUGAAGAUGCAGUAGCAAUUAUUUGCUUGUCCUGCUAUGUUUGUUUUCAUUUUUAUGAAUAUUUGACAACAAAGUCAUUUUCCUUUUAUAGCCCAAAAAUCGGUCUUCCGAUGUUACUGGUAAAGGAAAAAGCCACCGAAGUGACAUCAAAGUUAGAUACGGGUACAGCCUGGUAAAAGGGAAGGCAAAGCAUCCCAUGGAAGACUAUCAUAUCUCCAAGUUUGUUCAGAUCAAGGGCAAAGAACUUGGAUUAUUUGCUAUUUUUGAUGGUCAUCUGGGAAAUAGUGUUCCAAUAUAUCUGCAAAAGCAUCUUUUCUCCAAUAUUCUGAAAGAGGUUAGCUGUUCAUUUUCGACACCAAAUCAGAUUGCUGAGGUUGCUAUUUUUAUGCAGACUCAGACCGCCGAAUUGUUUAUCUAAAAGCUUUCUGUUGUUGCAGGGGGAGUUUUGGGCCAACCCUGAUAAGGCCAUUUCAAAGGCUUAUGAAAAGACUGAUAAGACAAUCCUGUCUCACAGUCAUGGCUUGGGUCAAGGCGGUUCUACUGCUGUCACCGCUAUUCUCGUCAAUGGCAGGAAGUUAUAUGUAGCCAAUGUUGGUGAUUCUCGAGGAGUUCUUUCAAAGGGAGGAAGAGUGUUGCAGAUGACCGUUGAUCAUGAACCUGGUGCUGAACGUAGGACCAUAGAGGAUAGAGGAGGAUUUGUUUCGAAUUUGCCAGGUUUUUUUUUUUUUCUUACCGCGUCAUUUCCUUUGAUUUUCUUUCUUUUUUACUUUUUUCUCUGAAAUUCGCUUCUAAGAUCUUUACAUUGAAAGCUUUCUUCCUUUUAUUCUUGUUACUGUUUCACUGCCGCUAUGCAGUUGAGAUGCCUAUUGAGAGAAAAUUGCUGAACCCUUCAUCAAAAUUGGUUUUUAUUUUUUAUGAAGAUAAUAUAACGAGAAAUUUUGUUAACCUUUGCGGAUAGAUCCCUUUGCUUAAUGUGCACGCCACACAUUAUUUGUGCUCGUGUGGUGGACACAAUGUUACCAGGUCUACCAAGGCAGUGUAGAAAGUCAGCCUACUGGGUCAUUUCAGUGUAGAACGGAGAGUUGAAAGAUGCGCUAGAAUUCCUUGUGUCGGUGUGCUUUGGGGGAGAAGAAACUUUCUCGCACCAGCAUGGCUUGUCAAAGGGUGCCAUGUCUGGCACCAAAGGGUUCAAAACAGGAGAUUGGGUUUCAGUAGGAGUGCUUUCGUCCAUUUAACUCAACAAUCCAGACAGUACUUGAGAGAAGAAAAACGUAUCCUCUGCAUAAACAUAAAGCAGACAUCCUAAACAUAUGAAUGGAGCAUGGCUAGUGCCACCUCCAGGCUUGAAGGCUAUUUUCUAGUAUGUUACUGUCUAGUUCGCCUUAUAGUUGGAGGAUGCCUGCUGGCAGAACUGAUUUUUGGAAUGGAGAAUGCUGGACUUAGCCUAUGGUUGGUUGUCCCAACAGUGGGUGGGUUGGUCUCCGGUUCUUUUCUUCUUCCUUUCUCUCACUCUCUUCUUUAAUAAGUUCUCCAAGAAAUAACCCCAAGCUUCACGCUUGCCAAUGGUGUUAUUUCUUCUUCUCAUAUUUCCCAUUCCCCUUCUCCCUUGUCCUGCACUUUUUAUUUUCCCAAUGAAGGAUCUGACAGGAGCCCGCCAUUAGAAGCUGGGGUCAGGUGGCCAAUGGACUUUGUUGUCACCUUCAUUGCUGUUUAUUUCUCUCUCUACUUCUCUUGUAGUCCACCAGAGACGAAACUCCUGAGAUGCUCAUCAUCAUUAGAUGUCCAACAGUGAAUUGUUCCCAGAAGCCCAUUGCUGUUGAGUGUGGGCCCAGUGAUGAGGGUGCCCUUGGGUACUUGACCUCCUUUCCUGCCAUCAUCUUCUUCUUUUUCUCUUCCCCAGCCUUCCCUCCUCCUCUCUUUGCCUUCUUUCACUCCUCAGUGGCAGAGAGUCACAGACUUGGCUUGCUUCUGCUACUAGACCCGCUUCCUGGCAUAUUCUCUUGCUUCAAGGCACAAAACAACAUAAUCUGUGAACCUUGCUGUCUCUAUCAUAAUGAACCAAAAAACUCCCUUUUGCUGUUAUAAAAGCAAGGUCUCAACUCUUCUUAGCUGUUUUUCAUAUCUCUUUACUCUAUUAUCCCUCACCCACACUUCAAUUAAAAAGCAAGAACAAAAUGCUUUAGGCAGGAAGAAACAAUACUGUUCAUACUAUAAAUGAAAUCUGUGUGCUUUUGGCCGUAAAUUAUCAUCUUAAUUUUUUCAUAAAGAUAAAUCGAACGGAAGUCCAAGUACCACGUCCAACACCCUCAGGAGGAAUCUCGAUGGUGAUGAGGCUAGAUGAACUUCACAUAGAUCUUUUCGUGCUACCAUCUUCCAUGCCGAAUAUCAGAAGCCAGAAGGGCUACCCAUGCAUGAGCUAAGUUCUGCCUUUGUUAUCCUUACUCGCCAUAUCCCUUCAUCUCCGCAGUUAAUGUCAAAUCGCCACUCAUAGAAGGUCAAGCAGAAGACACGGCACUGUUGGGGGCCUCCUACUAGAGGAAGUCACAUGGUGUUCCUGUCAAUGUUCUUGGGGAUGAUCAGAUUAUUUAUAAACUUAGAAAAAACUCUAAGAGGAAGAAAGGGGCCUUGAGAGAAGUAUGCAAAGCGUUUUCUACUAGAUUAUACUGUUUCCAUAUCAAUGCAUAUUGUCUCAGCUCUUCUAGUUUCUUUCCCAUUCCAUCUUGCUCACAAAAGUAGAGAGAUUCCCAAAUAUAUCCUGUCUAAAUCUUGUCACUUUUCCGGAACGUUUAAACUGACGCUUAUGGCGGACUCUACUUCAGGAGAUGUCCCAAGGGUCAAUGGCCAGUUAGCUGUCUCCCGUGCUUUCGGAGACAAGUCUCUAAAGUCACACUUGCGCUCCGACCCAGACAUUCGUUUUGAAGACAUAAACUCUGACGCUGAGCUUUUAAUCCUUGCAAGCGAUGGUCUCUGGAAGGUUGUCCAUCGAAUCCUCUCUCUCUCUCUCUCUCUCUCUCUCUCUCUUCAUCUCUCUCACUCAAGUUUAUGAAUGUUUGGCAUGCGUAACUGGGUAUUUGGCUUGCUGUUGUUCCCACAGGUCGUGAGCAAUGAAGAGGCAGUGGGCAUCGCUAGAAAGAUCAGCGACCCGCAAGCAGCUGCUAAGGAGUUAACCACCGAAGCAUUGAAGAGGGAUAGUAAGGACGAUAUAUCCUGUGUUGUCGUUCGAUUCAAGGCAUGA